GCAGGGUGUGCUUGCGUGAAUAAGAAAGAGUGGGAGAUCAAGUCUGAGAGGCAAGAGAAGACAGAAAGCAGCAAGACAAAGAGCAAGAGACAUAGCCGACAGUUUGAGUGAUUCUGGUGGACAGUUUAGGGAAGAAAAAGAGAAAAGAGAAGAAUUUAUAAGGACUGAGUCCAUGAGGAGUUGAAGUUGACUGACAGGACAACAAAUUUGUCCACCUGUUUGGCACUGAGGGAUUUUGCUGGAAGAUUGAUCUUUGGAUAUCAAUUUUCAAAGACGGCUGACUGAAGAAGACAUUACUUCACUUUGAUCUUUUGAUAAACUGGAAAAAGUAGUGAGGGAAGAAGCCAGCAAGCAGGCAACCAAGAGAAAACCAAGAUUUCAAAGGACAUACACUGCAGCUUUUGAGUAAGACUACGAUCAUAUUAUUAUUACAUGAAACACACUUUGAAAACAUUAGAAAUCAACUGUUAUUAUUAUGCACAGAAAUUAGACUCUUUUUAUAAACUUGUGCAACCAAGAAGAAACAAACCUAUCAAAAAGAUAGCUUUUUAUCAAAGUUGACUGAAAGUCUUUUCUUAUUUUAAGCUAUUGAACAAACUUCUACAUAACAAUGUGCACAUGUAACCUGAGCUUAAGCACACUGGUGUAAUUACAAAGCAAGGUCAGGAAAGAAAUUAUAGACAUUUGUAAUUAAGGACCAUCUAUAACAGGAAACCAAAAAAAGGGUGAGGUCUGCGCGAGAAAGACAGAGGAGGCCGCAAGGACACCAACACGGGCAACGGGACAUUAAGAAUCUCACCAGCAAGAACAGCUGCUUUAGAGGGACAACAGGCACCAUGGAUUCUCAAGGAGGACAUUACCUCAACAAAGAAGCUGUGCUGUCCCCUUUAGGAAUAGCCCGAAUGUUCCAGCUACUGUUUGGCUGCACCAUAAUGGCCCUUGUGUCCCACAGCGCAGGCUACAGUGCCAAUUACGGAAUCUUCUGUAUGUUUGUGUGGUGCUUCUGCUUUGCUGUCACACUGGUUGUUUUCACCUUGGACAUUACACGGCUUCACACUUGUAUGCCGAUUUCCUGGGAUAACUUCACUGUGGCCUUUGCCAUGCUGGCAACACUCAUGUACAUCACUGCCUCUGUGGUCUACCCCGUUUACUUCCUUCAGACAGAGGUUCCCGAUGAGGAGUGGGAAGUCCAAAUAUACCGCAUUGCUGUUACAGUCUGCUCCGCAGUCUGCUGCUUCCCCUACGCAACUGAGGUGUUCUUAACACGAGCCAAACCAGGGGCUGUGGUUGGAUACAUGGCCACUGUGUCUGGUCUGCUUAAGGUGGUCCAAGGUUUUGUGGCCUGCAUCAUUUUUGGGGCCCUGGCUAAUGACAGUGAGUACAACAAAUAUAUUGCCAGCCAGUACUGCGUGGUGGUGUACAGCCUGUGCUUCUCUGUCACUGUGAUAGUCGUCGUACUGACGGUUUCUGGUAGGACCUCUACCCUGCGGUUCCCAUUUGAUCGGUUUGUGGUCAUCUACACCUUCUUUGCUGUGAUCCUCUAUCUCAGUACUUCACUGAUCUGGCCCAUCUUCAGCUUCGACAGGAAGUAUGGCAACACUACUCGUCCCGAGGACUGCCCACGAGGAGAAUGUCCAUGGGAUAGCAAGCUGGUUGUUGCCGUCUUCACUAACGUCAACUUAGUGUUAUAUUUUGUAGAUCUUGUUUACUCCCAGAGGAUUCGCUUUAUCUCUAGUUCUGCUGUCUGAAACCACCACCAACACCCACCAACAAGUUCAAGGCCAUAUCCAGUUUGUUCUCCAUACCCAGGUCUAUGUGAAAGACUCAAUGCCUACAUCCAUCAUUUCAUGGUGUUUUGUAGCCAGUGUAUAACACUUUUUUUUUUUUUUAAAUUAGCAGUAUUAUCUAGUUUUUAUGUUACAGUAUUCAUCUAGUCCUGAACUUCUUCCUACCGU